AUUCUCUUCGUGUCAUCCCUCGGUAUCUUCCUAAUCUUCAUUUUUCCGCUAAAAUAAUACACAUUCAAUGACGUCACAAUCGAGCACACUGCUCAAACACAUGCGCCUUAGAACAUCACGUGACGAUAAAUAGAAUUUAUUCAGAGAAAUUAGAAGAAAUGACAGAAUUUUGGUUGAUCUCUGCACCUGGCGAAAAAAGUUGUCAGCAAACAUUUGAAACAUUAAAUAAUUUAACUAGCAAGCAUAACAACUUAUCUGUCAACUACAAGUUUGAUGUUCCUGAUCUCAAAGUUGGAACACUUGAUCAACUAGUUGGACUAUCAGAUGAUUUGGAUAAAUUGGAUUUAUUUGUAGAGGGGGUGACAUGGAAGUUAGCUAAUUAUCUUGGAGAUGUUUUGGAAGAUAAAAAAGACAAAUUGGCAGAAAAUCUUCUAAUAAAUAAUGCUCCUUUAGCAGAAUACUUAACUCGUUUUAAAUGGAUUGAGGCAAAAUACCCUACCAAGCAACCGCUUCCAUCAAUUACUGAAAUAAUUAGUAAGCAAAUUUCUCAAAUUGAUGCUGAUUUAAAAAAGAAAUCUUCUGAUUACAAUAAUAUCAAAACUAAUAUUCUGAAAGAAAAGAUUGGCCAGAGCAGGACCCAAUCUUCAAUUACUGCUUACCAUAAGAUAUUAAUUUAUGAAGAUGGUGAACAUGGUUUGUUUAAUGUAACUCUCUUUAUUAAAGAUGUUGAAGAAUUUAAAAGAGUUGCUAGAGAAAAAAGAUUCAGUGUAAGAGAUUUUACUUACAGUGAGGAGGAAUUAGCAAAAGGAAAGAAUGCACUUGCACAAUUAGAGAGUGAUAAAAAGAAACAAUAUAGUCAACUGGUAAGAUGGCUGAAGGUAAAUUUCAGUGAAGCUUUUACUGCAUGGAUUCAUGUAAAAGCCUUGCGUGUGUUUGUAGAAUCUGUGUUGAGAUAUGGUCUUCCAGUAAAUUUUCAAGCUAUGUUGCUAAAACCAAAUAAAAAAACUAUGCGAAAAUUACGUGAAGUUUUGAAUCAUCAUUAUAGCCACUUGGACACAAGCAUAGCACAAGGACCAAUUGAUGAUAUUCCAGGAAUAAAUCUAGGGCAUCAAGAAUAUUAUCCGUAUGUAUAUUUCAAAAUUAAUAUUAACAUACUGGAAGGUUUGUCCAGAUAGUGCUCACGUUAAUCACCAAAACAAGUUGUUAGAUAAAGAAGUAAUUGAGAAACAUAUAAUUCGGAAUUAAAUGUUAACGGAUCUUAUUCAUUCUAUUGUCAGAUUUUAAUUGGCCAAAAUAUUAUCAGAUUUGUGAAAAAAUCAUUACAUGUAUAUUGUGUAAGAUAAUGUGAAAUACAAUAGCAUUCCAAAUGU